AUGGCUGAGGCGCAUGCCCUAUUUCAGGUAGACCAUAAAAAAGAUUUCACACAUGAGAAUGUAUGGCGGAUGGUGAAAGAUGAACCAAAGUGGAAGGGACAAUCAAUGAAAACCAAUUCAAGGGGACAAAAGAAGUCAGGAGCUGGCACCGACGGAACAUCGACUGACCCAAGUGCAUCAAUUGAUUGCGACGAAUAUGAGGCAACACCACCAACAACUCGCCCGAAGGGCAAGAAGGCAGAGAAGAGAAAGGCCAAAACAACAGAUACUGCGUCAAGUACUCUAUCUUUUGCUCCUCACCCUGAUGUGUUAGCCAUGGGGAAGGCUAAAAUGGAAAUGAUGGCAAAUUUUAGGGAGAUAAGGAACAGAGAACUAGAUUUGCAACAAGCUGACCAACAACUGAAACAAAGUGAACUGCAAUUGAGACAGGAAGAACUCAAAUUUAAGAAGGCGGAGAACUUUCGGGCAUAUAUGGAUAUCCUUAACAAGAACACAUCUGGAAUGAACGAUGAGGAGUUGCGUACGCAUAACGCACUACGUGCUUUCGCCUUAAGUGAACUAGGAAUGUCUUAA